UGGAUUUGAGAGUUUGCAAAUGCAGUCAAGAGAGGAGAGAGUGAAGGAAGGAGAAGGAGAGAUUAACCUCUAACCCUCUCUUCCUUGUUUAGACAAUAGAGAGAGAGAGAGAGAGAACCAGAGGAGCCCUCUCUUCUCUUCUCCCUUCAUUUCUCUUUUCUUCUUCUCUGUUUGGAUCUCUCUCUCUCCCUCUCUCAUUUAGCCACCACACCAAACUUUUUUAUUCGUUUUUGGUUCAUUCCUGAGGUAAAGAAAAAACGUGUUUCUUCGUGUUGAUCAUGAACGACCCUACCGAUUUCAGUGACGUGAUCUUCAAGGGAUUCUCUCUCUCUGUCUUGUGUUACAAGUUUUGGGAGGGUUAGAUGCACCCCAUUUUCGGAGGAUUCCAUAUUGAUUUUUUCAUAUUGUCCGAAACCUAAAUUCAGUUUUUUUUUUAAUAGAAUCUGGAUCAUAUUUUGGUAUGUGCUAACUAAUUUAUACGUUUUGGCAGUAUCAAGGACGACAGUUAAUGGUGUUUGUCUUACGAUUUUGAGGUGAAGAGUAAAUAAAUUAAUGGCUCGUCGUAGAAUUAGAUCAAGGAUUCGUAAAAGCCAUUUCUAUACCUUUAGAUGUCUUAGGCCUAAAACUCUUGAUGACCAAGGUCCUCAUGUUAUUAACGGUCCUGGUUACACCAGAAUCGUUCAUUGUAACGAGCCUCAUUUGCAUUUGGCUACUAAACUCCUUAGGUACCGUUCAAACUAUGUAUCCACCACUAGGUAUAACUUGCUCACUUUCUUACCUAAAUGCUUGUACGAGCAAUUCCACCGCGUUGCCAACUUCUACUUUUUGGUUGCUGCCAUCCUCUCUGUGUUUCCUCUCUCCCCUUUUAACAAAUGGAGCAUGAUUGCUCCUUUGGUUUUCGUUGUCGGGCUUAGUAUGGGUAAAGAGGCCUUGGAGGAUUGGCGCCGCUUUAUGCAGGACGUUGCGGUGAACUCUAGGAAAGCUAGUGUUCAUAAAGGGAGUGGGGAGUUUGGUCGUAGGGCGUGGAAAAAUAUCCGUGUGGGAGAUGUGGUAAGGGUGGAGAAAGAUGAGUUUUUCCCGGCUGAUUUGUUCUUGUUGUCUUCGAGUUAUGAGGAUGGGAUCUGUUAUGUGGAGACGAUGAACUUAGACGGAGAAACUAACUUGAAAGUAAAGAGAUGUUUGGAUGCUACUUUGGCUUUGGAGAAGGAUGAAUCUUUUCAGAACUUCUCUGGAACGAUCAAAUGCGAAGAUCCUAAUCCGAACCUGUAUACCUUUGUUGGUAAUCUUGAGUGUGAUGGCCAGGUUUAUCCACUUGAUCCUAACCAGAUUCUCUUGAGAGACUCAAAGCUCAGGAACACAGCUUAUAUCUAUGGGGUGGUGGUCUUUACUGGUCAUGACACAAAAGUAAUGCAGAACUCAACAAAGUCUCCUUCAAAGAGAAGCAGGAUUGAAAAGAGAAUGGAUUACAUUAUAUACACUCUCUUUGCCCUUCUCUUGACUGUUUCCUUCAUAAGCUCUUUAGGAUUUGCUGUGAUGACAAAACUCUUGAUGGCAGAUUGGUGGUACUUGCGGCCAGACAAGCCUGAGAGCUUAACAAAUCCUACUAAUCCUCUGUAUGCUUGGGUUGUUCAUUUGAUCACUGCUCUCUUGCUUUAUGGUUACUUGAUUCCCAUCUCAUUGUAUGUUUCCAUCGAGGUAGUUAAAGUCUUGCAAGCACAUUUCAUAAACCAAGACUUGCAGUUGUAUGAUAGUGAGAGUGGGACUCCCGCUCAAGCACGGACGUCGAACUUAAACGAAGAGCUGGGACAAGUUGAUACCAUCCUUUCUGAUAAAACAGGAACUUUGACAUGUAAUCAGAUGGACUUUCUGAAAUGCUCAAUUGCGGGCACUUCUUAUGGUGUCCGUGCCAGUGAAGUUGAACUAGCUGCUGCUAAGCAGAUGGCGAUGGAUCUUGAAGAGAAAGGUGAAGAAGUUACAAACCUUCCAGCGACUAAAGGCAGGACACAACGGUAUGCAAAACUUGCCAGCAAGGCGUCAGUAGAAUUUGAACUGGAGACUGUAGUCACUGCUAGCGACGAGAAGGAUCAGAAGAAGAGCACUGGUGUUAAGGGUUUUAGUUUUGAAGAUAACCGUCUAAUGGAUGAGAACUGGUUAAAUGAGCCUAACUCAGAUGACAUUUUGAUGUUUUUCCGUAUACUCGCAGUUUGUCAUACUGCAAUUCCUGAGGUGGAUGAAGAUACUGGGAAGUUUACUUAUGAAGCUGAGUCUCCUGAUGAAGUUGCUUUCCUUGUUGCUUCUAGGGAGUUUGGUUUUGAGUUUACUAAGAGAACUCAAUCAAGUGUGUUUAUUGCUGAACGGUUUUUAUCUUCAGGCCAGCCAGUUGUUAGAGAAUACAAAAUAUUGAAUCUAUUAGACUUCACUAGCAAAAGAAAAAGAAUGUCUGCAAUUGUCAGAGAUGAGGAAGGGCAGAUUCUUCUACUCUGUAAAGGAGCUGACAGCAUCAUAUUUGAUCGUUUAUCAAAGAAUGGAAAAGAGUAUCUAGGAGCUACUUCCAAGCACUUGAAUGAAUACGGUGAAGCUGGUUUACGCACAUUGGCACUUGGUUACAGAAAGCUGGAUGAGACUGAGUAUUCAGCAUGGAACAAUGAGUUUCACAAAGCCAAAACUUCAGUUGGAGCUGAUAGAGAUGAAAUGCUUGAGAAGGUAUCAGAUAUGAUGGAGAAGGAACUGAUGCUUGUGGGAGCUACUGCUGUGGAGGACAAACUGCAAAAAGGGGUACCUCAAUGCAUAGAUAACCUAGCCCAAGCUGGUCUUAAGAUAUGGGUUUUGACAGGAGAUAAGAUGGAGACAGCAAUAAACAUAGGAUAUGCAUGCAGUUUACUUCGUCAGGGUAUGAAGCAGAUAUCUAUUUCAUUUGCAACUGUAGAGGAAUCAUCACAAAACUCUGAAGCUGCUGCAAAGGAGAACAUAUUGAUGCAGAUCACAAAUGCUUCACAGAUGAUUAAAAUUGAAAAGGAUCCACAUGCAGCAUUUGCUUUGAUCAUUGAUGGAAAGACACUUACAUAUGCUUUGAAAGAUGAUGUCAAGUAUCAGUUUCUUGCCCUUGCGGUUGACUGUGCAUCAGUGAUAUGCUGUCGUGUCUCUCCCAAACAGAAAGCACUUGUGACAAGGCUAGCUAAAGAAGGAACAGGAAAAACAACUUUGGCAAUCGGAGAUGGUGCAAACGAUGUUGGAAUGAUUCAAGAAGCUGAUAUUGGUGUAGGAAUCAGUGGCGUUGAAGGCAUGCAGGCUGUAAUGGCAAGUGACUUCUCCAUAGCCCAGUUUCGGUUUCUUGAGAGACUACUUGUUGUCCACGGACACUGGUGCUACAAACGAAUAGCUCAGAUGAUUUGUUAUUUCUUCUACAAGAACAUAACAUUUGGUCUAACUCUCUUCUACUUCGAAGCCUUUACGGGGUUUUCUGGCCAAUCAAUUUACAAUGACUCCUACUUAUUACUCUUCAACGUUGUUCUCACUUCUCUCCCCGUCAUUUCCCUCGGAGUUUUUGAACAAGAUGUUCCAUCUGAUGUCUGCUUACAGUUCCCUGCAUUGUAUCAACAAGGCCCCAAGAACCUCUUCUUCGACUGGUACAGAAUCCUUGGAUGGAUGGGGAAUGGAGUUUACGCAUCCAUAGUCAUCUUUACACUAAACCUUGGAAUCUUCCAUGUCCAAUCAUUCCGCUCAGAUGGCCAAACCGCAGACAUGAAUGCCAUGGGAACCGCUAUGUUCACAUGCAUCAUCUGGGCAGUGAAUGUUCAAAUCGCUCUAACCAUGAGUCACUUCACUUGGAUCCAACACGUAAUGAUUUGGGGAAGCAUAGGAGCUUGGUACGUUUUCCUCGCUCUUUACGGUAUGUUACCACCAAAACUUUCCGGUAACAUCUUUCACAUGCUGGCCGAGACUCUAGCGCCUGCACCCAUCUUCUGGCUAACUUCACUACUGGUCAUAGCCGCCACAACACUUCCUUACUUGUUCCACAUUUCAUACCAAAGAUCAGUGAACCCUCUUGACCAUCACAUUAUACAAGAGAUCAAGCAUUUCAGGAUUGAUGUAGAGGAUGAACGAAUGUGGAAACGAGAGAAGUCAAAGGCAAGAGAGAAGACAAAGAUUGGGUUCACGGCUCGAGUUGAUGCUAAGAUCAGGCAGCUAAGAGGAAAGCUUCAAAGGAAGCAUUCAGUUUUAAGUGUAAUGAGUGGAACAUCGUCUAAUGAUACAUCUUCAACCUCGCAACAGACUUGAUGAUGGAGAGACCAAGUAAGUUUUUUUAAAUAUAUAUUUACUGUGACAUUUUUCUCGGGAAAUCGUCAUAUGAAGAAUGAGAAAAUUGGAUUCGUGUUAGAUGAAAGAAAAGAGACUUUUUUUUAAUUUAAUUAUGUUCUUUACUAAUCAAAUGGUUUAUACAAUUUAGACAAAAGUAGAAGAAAGAAGGGAAUGUUGUAUUGUGUUUGUGUGUAUUUACACUAAUGAAAAGACGGAAAAAGAGAUGUGAUUAGCCAAAUUGGUUGACGUUUUCUUUCCCGACAGUAUUCACAUAACAGUGUUGUGAUUACUGAUUAGAAAAAUGGUUGACGUUUU